GAGAGCCGCGACAUUUUACAUGGUUAUUGACUGACUGGUGCUGUUCUGUUGUAAAUAUUGUUUUUUUCGGUGUGUCGAAAACUGUGUGUGAUUUUAAGUGUAUGGUGCGUGUGUGUGACUGUGUACGAUGUUCAGAAAACCCGCAGGUUGAUGGAAACCUACGUGAACACCGUGAAAAAUCCGCCAUAGGUACAAUAGCCUGUGGUAAAUGUAUAAGCAAUGUCGGCGGAGGGCCACCCUACAGGCGGCUGUAAUGUCUAAGCCAUGGAUGUCGAAGUGAAACAGAGAAAUAGGCGGAGAAAACGCGCCCAGCGUAUGCAGGCACAACGAGAGAUCAACAAAGCUGACCAUCUCGAUGGAGACAGCGGUGACGAAGAUGUCAUUCAGGCGAAGCCCCCGAGACCCCCUAAUAGACGAAAAAAAUCCAAAGAACCCCUCUGUGAAGAGGACAUUAUCGACGGGUUCUCCAUACUCCAAUUCAGAACAUAUGAUGACUUAGAGUUGGUGUUGAAGAUAUCCGUAAAAGAAAAUAUUAAACGACUGACCGAUGUGGAAAGGCCUAAGAUCGAACCAAAGGCCCACAUUACUAAUCAUAUUUUAGUUCAACACAACCAUGGGUUGACGUUAACACAUGACCCCGCUACUAGCGACGACAGUGGCAGGGCUUCUGAACGUCUUACUGGAUCUUCGGUAGCACCACGAGAUGCGGAUAGCUCAAGAGACCGACUAAGUGAUGCGAGCAGUAGAUGUAGUUCAGGAAAAGGAUAUAUCUGUGAUAGCGAGGGCGAAGAUGAUAAGGUAAGCUCGAUAUAUUCCAGUGGAUCUAAACUAUUAUUGGGUUCUGACGCCAGUUCGGUGAUAUUUGCGUCGACACCUGCGUCGAGGAAACACGAAUUUCCGGGCGCUCUGCCACCCAGUUUGCCCAGUCUGAACCAUGGCACAAGCAGUUCACCGGUACCGGCGCCGACACCUCCAAAUAUUCCGGUACCGUCGCCAGCCCCCGCCCAACAACCGCCUCAACAUCCACCGCAAGCUAUUCCAUCGGCGUCGGUUUCGUCGGCGGCCAGCGUCGUAACGCCUUCUCCAACGCCUGCGGCCGCCAUAAAACCGACUAUACAAGAACUUUUACCGCCACCACCAGUCACGUCUAUAGCCAGUGUCGUACCUCAACCGCUUCCGGUAACGAUGCCGAGCGUCCCGACGGCUGUAACUAUGCCUCAACCGGCUGCCGCGCCCGUAGCUCAUCAUCCUCCCGCACUCGAUCCGUCGAGUAUAAUUCCGGGUGGACUCGGCAUGAGAACGGAAAGUCCUGCCGUCGCUACAUCGGCCAAUGCCGCCGUAGCGCCGUCCCCAAGUCAGUACCAUCAUCCCGCCUCCUAUCAGCAUCAGCCAACUCCGUUGUAUACACCUUACGCAACGACAGCAACGUCAGCACCACCACCGCAUACCGCUUCUCCGUAUAUGUCGACCCCUACGCCUAUGACGGCAACAGCAGUGGCGCCGACUAUAAUGAGCGCGGCGACUGCUCCUUCGGGACCUCCGCAGGUGAUAAUGCCUCAAGUUGCUGUAGUGCCACCUCAAGUAGCGGUGACCAAACCAACCGUGCCGCAGCAACACAUAGAGAGGGAGAAAAUGUUGCCGCCGAUGCAGCAAAGGGGGCCUAGUCCCAUCAAAGAGAAUAGGGAGAGGGAAAGCUACAGUAAUGUCAGUAGCCUUAGUCGUACCAGUAACGCAACGACGACACUCAGCUGUCCCCCUCCCACCACCACAGUGUCUUCUAGUCUAGCACCAAGUAAUUUGAGCAAACCAUGGACGUCCAAUACGCAAUCAAUCGCUCCAACGGCGGUAACUGCGGCAGUACCCCCAACACAACACAGUCCCGCCCCUCCAAGACCAACACCCCCUCUUCACUCAUCAUUCCCGACAACUCCCAUGUUCGCAGCACCUUUACCGCCUCCCGUUUCGAGGGCUAGCCCCAUGGCAGUGCCUUCAGCGAUACCGUCAGCAAAUCCCAAUCCAUUUUCGGCCGAAAGUUUGUUCCAGACCAAUAAAUAUCCUACAAAUCAAGCUGACAUGUUGAGGAGGGAGCUAGAUAGUAGAUUUUUGGCGUCACAAGAUCGAAGUUUAGGAGUAGCACCACCGCCAUAUUUGAGAACGGAAAUGCAUCAACAUCAACAUCAUCACACACAUGUGCAUCAACAUACGACAUCGUUAUUACCGCCACCGGCCGCUUCCAGUUUAUACCCGUCUCAAUUGUCUUUAACACCGGUGGAGCCCCUUGCAAGACGACGAGAAAGUAGUUUUAAGGACAUUCCUAAGCUUGGUAGUGUUGAUUCGCCGUUCUACAGACAAAAUAUCGGCUUACCUGGAACUUAUCCGGGAUACACUCCAAGUUUGAUGCAUCCGGGAAUAACUACAGGACCAACGCCUUUUGUACCACCAAAUCAUCUGCCUACGUUCCAACCAAAGUCGAUGACCCCUCAAGAUCCAUCCAAGCCUAAAAUUGUGAAAACUGGUAAAUGGAACGCAAUGCACGUCCGAGUGGCAUGGGAAAUCUAUCACCAUCAACAAAAAAGCGGCGAAGCAAAAGGCAGUCUGGCAUCAGCUACAGCCGCUGCGAAAUCAUCUGCUGAUCUUCUUCGGCCGCCGACGCACCUUUUCUCUCCUAGUGUGCAUUCUAGACCGCCUCACGAUCUACCAUCGUUCCCAAUGUCGUUAUCAAGCCAUCGACCACCUGGAUUCGAUCAAACUCACCAUCCAAGUUCGUUGUUUUCAUCACCAGCAGGUCAUAUGGGUAAAUCACCAUUCACCGGUAGUUCAACUAUGUCGCCAUUUACGCGUUAUGGUGCUGGUCCUUUAGGUCCGGCUUCUACAUCUCCAUUUACAAUGUCGCCUUUCGCAAGAGAAAGUCAUUUAGGACUAGGACCACUUCACCAUGAUCCUUGGCGUUCAUUACAACGCACGAUUCCGAAUUUCCCGCCGGCCGUAAAUCCUCUACCGCCGACAUUGCCGGGUUUAGGACCAGGACCGCCCGCACCUUGGACUAUCAAACCAGAUCCGAUUCUAGAACAGAGAGAACGAGAAGCUAGAGAAAGAGAAGAAAGGGAGAGGGAAAGACUAAGAAGAGAACGAGAAGAACGAGAAAGAAGAGAACGUGAAGAAAAACAGAGAAGAUUAGAACAACAGCAACAAGAACAACGCGAAAGAGAACGAAAAGAAAGAGAAAAACGAGAAAUGGAAAGAAGAGAAUUGGAAAGGCAAAGGGAAAGAGAAAGGGAAAGACUUUUGCAAGAACAACGGUUGGCGGAAACAGCUAAGAUGCAAGCACCGUUAAUAAGAGACCGAUCACCAUUGAGAAACGGCGACUUAUCAGAAAUUAGAGUAAAAGAAGAACCCAGAAUAAAAGAAGAGGAUAUAAUGGCUAGAUCUGACCCUAGGUACAACCCGUUCUUAAGGCAUCCGGGUUCUUUACCACCUCCACCUCCAGGACCUCCAGCUUCGGUGUUGGAUCGUUCGAGAAUGCUUUCACACGCUUUACCUCCUCACCCGUAUCACACCCCUACGACACAUUGGGGUGUACCGCCCGCAGAUCCCUUCUACAGAUAUACUUACAAUCCAAUCAUGGAUGCCAUGAGAGCGCAAGAAGAAAGGGAAAGAGCGAGUUUCUUCGGGGCAUACGGUGCUCAUCAUCCUAGCCAGCUAAGACCCAAGGAUCCCGCGCUGAUGCACUUAAGAACAGUACCGGGUCCUGGUCCUCCACCUCCUCCAACCAGUCACAAGAUCAGCAUAACUCCACCUACGGAUCUACACAAGAAAGAGGAACCUCGAUAGCAUCGACAAAAUAUUGUAAAGGCUGAUGAUGAAGGACUCUUAAAAUACGAAACGUUGUAAAAGAUAUCGAAGCACCAAAAUUAAAGAAGAUGGCACUUGAUACUAAGAUCAAAAUUAAUUUGUUGGCGAGAUUUUAUUUUAUAAAAAUUUAUUUAUAUCACUAUAGGCAGGAAAAAAUAAUAGAAAGAUCAAAAUUCAAUUAAAACAAUCUCAGUUUGUGACAGUUUUUGACAUAUUUGAGAUAUUCUAAUAUUUAUAAUUAUGUCAAAUGCUUUUUCGAUAUUUAUAAAUGUGUAAGCUGAAUUAAACAAUAUAUUUGUGGGCCGAAAGAAAAAAAAUUUUCUAAAAUAGUGUUCUGUUGUGCCAUCUUCUAAAGACUUUUCAAUUUUUUUUAUAUAGAUAUAUAUGGUGGAUCAAAAAAAAUAUUGUUUUCAAAUAUUAUAAUUGUGAUUAAAAUCGCGAGUGUUUCAAGUGGAAGAUGCUAAAGUUUGAAGGAAAGUGUACAUUAUAUUUUAGGGACCAAAAUUUAUUUAUAUUGUUUAAAAACUGUAAAAUCGGUGAUUUUAGUUGUCGAGAAAAAUCAAUAAGGUAGAGAGUCGAAGCAUCUUUUUUGUUUUCGCCCCUAUAUGAAUACUGCAAUAGAUCAAACAAUUGUACAUUUCGACUACUAAAACUUUAGCAUCUCGAAUGAAACAUUUUAAACAUGAAUUAUUAAACAAUAUAUCAGCUUUUAAAAACAAUUUUACCUGAAGGUGUAACCUCCAGAAGAUUUUCAAAAAUUUAAAUAUUAGCGACCACAUUUUUUAGGAACUUUUAAUUUUAACUUUAUGAUCUCAUAUAGCAUAAUCAAAAGGGACUAGCAAUAGAUCCCAGAACAUAUUUUUGCAAUGGUUUUAUAUGUGUGUGUAGAUUAAUGCAUAUAUACAUAUACAAUUGAGUUGUAUACAGGAUGUCUACGUUAUAUAAUUUUAUAUAUAUAUAUAUAUAUAUAUAUAUAUAUAUAUAUAUAUAUAUAUAUAUAUAUAAUAAGGAAUUAUACUUUUUGUAGACUGCAUCUGGAACAUUAAACGUUCUUUAAGGAGAUGAAACCUCGAAUUAUAAAAGCAGAAACAGUAAUUCCACCUUUGUUUUCUAAUUUAUGUAAUUUAUAGCACUAAGAAAGAUAGAGAAACAUAAAGUUUAGUAUCCUUCAUGAUCUUAUUGGUUCAAUCUUCUUCUUUAACCGGCGCUACGGUCCUUUGAGAACCAGGGCCUUCUCAACAAUCGACUGCCAAUCUUUUCUGUCCUGAGCAUGGUGCCUCCAACGUCGAACCUCUAACUGAAUCAGAACCGCCAACCAGCAAAAGGCGAUGUUUUCCACUUAGUCAUCGUCCUCUCAAGAACUAUACAAGGCUCUGCGCAGAUAUCGAUCAGUAGGCAUCCUCUCCACGUGUCCCAGCCACCUCAGACACGCCCCAGGAUGAACGCCAUCUGUCUCAGCUCAGCAUUCCUUUAGAUCCUCCACACACCUUUCUCGCAAACAAGGUUAAAAAUCUUUCGUAGGAUCUUCCGUUCCCAUCAGUUUAAAAUCCGCUCAUUUGUCGUCGUCGUAGUCCAUAUCUCGCAUUAUUGUCUAGUAAAUUGUGAGCUUUGACGUUUGUGAAAGCCCUCUAAACUUGAACGCUCUCUGAAUUGCACAGAAUAUCCGUUGUCACGUCAUUAUUUUCAGUUAUCAAGGCCCCAAGAUAUUUGAAUUGGUGGCACACAGGGACUUAAAACGUGGUUUGGGAGAUCGGUUUUCUGUACAUUGAUUUUGAGUCCUCUUACUUCACCUGAUUGCUCGAACUCCCAAGUAGUUCGUGCCAUGAUCAUCCACAUAAGUGAAGUGCUGUGUAAGCCUAUUGCAAAUAAUUCCUCUAUGGUUCGUUUGGAUGCUCAUUGCGACACCUUUCAGUGAGAAAUUGAACACUGUCGUCGCUAGUGAGUCUCCCUGACGCGUGUAAAAACUGUGCUUAGAGACUACGAUACCUUUACUCUGCCAGAGGCGUUCCUCAUUAUCAUUCCAACCAUAAACACCAGCUUCUUUGGGACGCCAAACCCCACUUCUUCCUUUCUAUUCAACCCAAUAGGGCUUGUUCAAAUAUAUUAAUUGAGUAUUGUCAGAAUAUGAUAGACACCCUUUCAAAAAUAAACGAUUCACUUGAAGUUAUCAGCAUUUAUGAAAAUAAUGUAAGUAUAUUUUAGAUUCUUUUUUGUUCAAUCAAGACAUACCUGUAUACAUCAAUUUUUCAUUAUCCCAACAAUGUAGUUAUUACCUUAAAUGUCGAAAUGUCGAAGGUACCACUGUUGCUUCCUGAAAUGUAAACAUUGAUUUCAAUAUUUAAACUAAGAAUUUGGGUAUUGACCACCUUUUUCAAUAUCGAAUAAUCUAGUUCUACUUUUUGUAUUAUAUAUUAAAAUAUCAUUUUACAUAUCAGUUCAGUAUCAGUUAAACUGUGAAAAAUACUGAAAGGAAACCAAACUGAGACGAAGAACUGACGGGAUAAGUACACAUGCAGUGCGUGUUUUUGAAUGUGGCUUGUUGGUGCACAUCCUGAUCACUUUUUUAAGCAAUUGACUUAUUUGGAACACAUCCAGAACUUGUACUUAUUGUUUUGUUGAUAUGCAUCCAGAGUACGUUCUGAGGCAAUUGACCUAUUUCAGUUCUAAAAAUUCCUGUCGCGUCAGGUUGUUCUUAUGUCGAAGGAACGCAAAUGUCGAAGUACUAAGCUUUAGUUCAUCGUCUUCUUUUUUUAUCGGUUUCUUCAGCUUUAAAGCUCAAGCUACUGUAAUGAGCCAGUCUUGAUAUGUAAUGUUGCGAGAUUAUUAUAUAAGUGGUAUGUGCAAUACUAAUAACUAUUUGAAUGCGAUUCAGAUUAGUACAUGGGGCACAAACCAAACACUGCACACAAACGGACAACAGCAUUGAAUAGAACCUAAACGGGGAUAUCUUUUAAAAACAUUAGUUUCGACUGAGACUGAAUUGAGAACUAAUAUGACCAUGUAAAAGGACCUAAAAGUAUAUUUAUUGUUUUAAUCCAUUCUAUAAAGGAUGUCUCAAAAUUAAACAAAUUGAAGAUAUAUUUUUUAGUCUUUAGAUUAUUAUUUUUUAUUGCAUAUUUCUGAAAUAAUAUUUCGCUGGUAUUCUACCAACAUUUUCCCUAAUAAUACUGUUUUUUCAAGCUGUGGCUAAAUUUCACUGAUACAGUGUUAAUUUUCGCCCUGUAAUUCAAGGGUGGUAGUGGGUUCGAUGACAUUAAGUUCAAAUAAUCCUUUGAAAAUUAUUCAUUGAGGGAAAUAUUUCUGAACUGAACAUUAACAAAAUAGUACUCUACCAAAAAAUUUUUCAUGUAGUAAUUGAAUCGUUUCAAGGGCUGUACGGCAUGUAUCACCUUCUUGUCGAAGCCAAAUCGUUCAAUUUUGACAUAAAAACCUGUAUUAUCAUGUAGUGUAGUACCAGCUAGAGCUUGUCCAAACAAAUUUUCAAAAAUUUAUUGUCUAAUAGUGCCUCUAGGACAUAUUGCACCCAAUGCUGCUAAGAAUUUGUAGCAAAAUGGCGAAAACAAAUUUUGGUUUAAUUUUGGGACUGCCGUUGUAUCAGUUUUUUGCCAUUUACGUCAUUACUAUUUUCAUUGAAUUAAAUAUAAAAUGCUAUAAUUUGUUUACAUUUCAUAAAAGCCGUUAGAACUUUAACCUGUGAUUCCCUUUAACAGAUUUUAAAUUUGAUAUCGUAAAAAAAAGAAAACCUGAGGUGCAUUAAAUGUAAAAAUUGUAAUUUAUGUAAAUGUCGUGAUUCUCUUGAAAUAGUUGCACACCAUUUUUGUACAUAAUAAUAAGGAAAAUUUGAUAUUGCAUUAUAAUAUGAUAGUUAAGCUUUAAUUAGCGUUGUAAAACAUACAGAGCGAGCCAAUGAAGAGGCUAAUUGAUUGAAUAAGUUCUUGUGUUCUUAUUAAAAUAGAAAAAAAGUAAUAAUCCAAUAAUUAAGUCCUGGAAAAACCUUUAGUUUGGUUAUAAGAAAUCAGAUUCACUUUCCGUUGACUAUGUUCACUUAGUAUUCAAUUAUGUCUACUAAUACAGGAUCGAAACAUCAAAAUUAUAGAAGGCUAGAUUAAAAAUAAAAGGGUAGUAUGUUAUUUUUGUUCCUUUAAAAUUUUUCCUAAUAAGAAAUAUCCUCUACCUAAUUUUUUUAUUGAAAUACCAUUUUACAAAUUAAUUUGAAUAAAACUCAUUAUGAUGAUCAUUUUGAAGUACCAAAAAUCACUUGAUACUGUUUCUGUUCAUUUCGUAUCCAUUUUGUCAUUGAAUAGUGUUCUUAUCUCUUAUUAAAGCAUUUUUAUCAUUCAGUGUUCAUUCUAUAGCUAUUUUGUAAGUGAGCCAAUUAAUAUUAAUGGAUUAAACUUUCAUUUUAUUUAUAAAAAUAUUGAGAAUGGUUUAAAUAUUGUUGUAACCGAGAUAUGGGGGUUCAAAGUUUGAAAAUAUGAAUUCUAUCAUUGUUAUCCUUUAAAAAUUAAUAUAAAUCCAAAUAAUGGAAAUAUUGAGUCAAACUUUUUAAAAGAACCUUCUUAAAGGAUCAUUUUAUUCAUAAUAUCCUUUAAGGCUUUAUUGGCUCGUCCAGUACAUUGAAUCGAUGGUGGUGAUGCAGUGGUGGUAAAAGAAAAAUAUUUGAUUGUAUUAGACUUGUCGUUUUGUUCAUGUAGGAGAAGUAUUCAGAACUGCCUAAAGAGUUAUUGUAAAUAAUAUACAAAAAAAGCUUAUGGACAUUUGAAGAUUAUUAAUUGUAAAAUUGAAAGUUCAUGUUAUAUGCCGUUUUUUAUUUAGCAUUUUUUUUGUUUCUUUUUAUCCUAAUUUAUUUUGUAUAUAUGUUUUUUAGGUAAUUUAUUUAAGACUGAUGACUAAUCAUCUUCAUUCUUCUAUAGUUGUGUUUUUUUAUUUAUAUAUGUGGUAUACAUAUGAGAAGUGAAGAAAAAUCAAAAUGUUAAACAAAAAAAUGUUUUCAACUCAACUAGAAUAAAUAUAUAUUUUGUCGUUUACCUCAGUCCUAAUAUUACAUCCUAUUUCUCCAAACAUAUUAUUAACAUUUGUUUUCAUUAUUUUUUGCAAAACUUUUAUACUUUCCAAAAUUAUGUUCUUAUUGAAUUUUGAUUUAUCUUCAUUACUCUAUCAUAUGUUUGAAUAUUGGUCACUUUAAACGUUUGUAUUUUCAAAUUACUCGGUACUUGCAAAAAAAAUUAUAUUCUUAUAAGUGAUGAGCCAUUGUACUCAUCAAAUUUUUUUUCGAAAUUGGAAUCUAUUUUUAAAACAACUAAUAUUAGGUUGUUAUCCUUGAAAGUGACCAACUUUUAUCCAAUAGUCGACUUUUAAUUAAUUAAUUUGUUAUUCAGUUUACUUUGUAAUGUAUGCACCACAGUACAAACGUUUUUAUAAUAAUUUUAUUGAAAUUAAUUUCAAAAUAUAUGUUCUGUGGUUCAUACGAGGGUUGUGGAUUUCUCUUCCCAGUUGUGACAUCGUAAGCUUAUAAUUAAAUAAGUCUUUAACGGUCAGUUUGUGAACAUAUUAUUCUAUUUUGGGAAAAAUAAAUCGUUUUUAACACAAUACAUACAAAAAUAUAUAUCAUAUACCAUUACUCGACUAAUUUUAUGAUUUUAAAUCAAAUAUUGAACCUUUAAUAUGUACACAAACUGGUCUCUAAAAUCUCUUGUAGAUAAACGCUUUUUAAAUAAAUUUCAACAUGUAGAUAAAUCACUGUGCUGUAUUCAAUGUUUGUUAGGAAACAAUUUUUUAUGUGUAUGAUUCUGAAAGAAUCGCGUGAUGUAAUAUAAUAAUAAAUAUUGUUUCUAUAAUAUUAGAAACAUUAGUCAUA